CUCUUCCACUUCCGAAAGGUCCUUUAAAGGGCCAGCAAAGCUUUAAAGAAACGAUUUAAAAAUGGAGACUAAAAUCAAUUGUCCCAUGACAAUAUGGAGUGAUUAAAACGGGGCACUCUUGCGACUCACAGUUUUCAAAUCCAAGGCAAAGCAAUUGAGCGUAGCCUGCUGCGAGUCGUUUUUGAGGGGUAAGCACGUAAUGGAGCCGCCGGGGGCUGGAGUCGGGAAAGCCGAUGACUUAGAAGAGGCAUUUGAGACCGGACCCUGCCGGCGAUCGCCGCCAGUAUCGGUAGCAGCAGUUCUACCUGCCGGAGGAAGCGGGGAAAGGCUGGGUGGCAGCACCCCGAAGCAGUUUUGCCCCAUGCUGGGAAGGCCGCUCAUUAGCUAUACCGUGCGGGCGAUAGAAAGAAUCAACUGGAUUACUGAUGUUGUUGUUGUGGUCUCUUCAGAGAAUAUUGAAAUAAUGAAAUCUAUUAUUAGAAAAUACGGCCAUGAACGGACAACGGUAGUGGAAGGAGGACUAACCCGUCACAGAUCUAUUUUCAAUGGAUUGAAAGUAUUUGUAAAAGGCAAUACAUUCUGUGCCCCACUCCAGAAACCAGAAAUAAUAGUAAUCCAUGAUGCUGUCAGACCAUUUGUUGAGGAAGAUAUUCUUUUUAAAGUAGUUAUGGCUGCCAAAGAGCACGGGGCUGCAGGAGCAAUCCGUCCUCUUGUCUCCACGGUUAUUGCUUCCACUACAGAGGGAUGUUUAGACCAUUCACUAGAUCGUGCCAAGUACAGAGCAAGUGAAAUGCCUCAGGCUUUCUUAUUUGAUAAAAUCCAUCAAGCAUAUCUUCAGUGUAGUGAUUAUGAUCUGGAUUAUGGAACAGAAUGUUUGCAUCUAGCUCUAAAAUAUAGCAAUAUAAAUGCUAAACUUAUUGAAGGACCUCCUGACCUAUGGAAGGUAACUUACAAGUGGGAUCUUUUUGCAGCUGAUUGUUUAAUCAAAGACACUAUAUCACAGGGAGUUUGCAUUAUUACUGACAUAGAGGAAGAUGCUGUACAAGUGGGAUUGCUCCUUAAUGAAAAAAUGAAGAAUCACGUGAAACAUGUUAAAAAUGUAGCAAUCACCCUUCAAAAAAAUGACAAUCUACAAAAUAUUUUGUUAGGACAGUACUACAACUUUAUUUGCAUAAAAAAUAAACUGCCUGGCUUUGAUGAAGUCUCACUGCUGGUAGACAAACUUGAAAAGACAGGUGCUUCGGUUUUGUACCCUGUUGUUCUCAUUUUGAUAAACAUGAGUAUUUUAGAAAAUACACCUUUUAACAGUGGAAUUGAAAGUUUUACUAUACUUGCCAAGGAAGUUAAAAAGAAAAAUAUUUUACUUUAUAGUCUCUUUAUACAGUAUAAAAAGGAAAGUCUAAAGCUUCAAGAGACCAUGGAUUCAGCAGCUGCACUUAUUACUGUAUUAAUAAGAGAACGAAAUCCUGCAUUUGUUGGUCAGCUUCUAGUAGCAUGAAAAA